AUGACACUGAAGGUAGUGCUCUUCGCCGUUUUUAUGAUAGUAUGCUUAAUUCAAACAUUACAUUGUACUUCAAUACGAAAAGUCGUAAAGAAGUCUGCCGGUGCAGGCGUUGGUGCUGUUCCGGAGGGUGGAACCGUGGGUAACGAAACCGCAGCAGGCGGAACUGCAGGUAGUGGAACGGGAUCUGGUGAAACUGGAGCUGGUGGAACAGGAGGUAGUGGAACUGGAGUUGGUGGAACUGGCGGUGGUGGAACUGGAGGUGGCGGAGUCACCCAGGGCGGCAAUCAGCCAUUAGGGAAUGACCAAAACCUGCUUAACCUGAUUAUCAACCUCCUUAAUAAUUUAUUGGGGAAUGGCAACAUCCAAUGUGGAAGUGGAGGUUGCGGACCCAUAGGAAAGGGAACCUUAGGUAACGAAACCAUAGGUAACGAAACCAUAGGUAACGGAACCGUAGGUGGUGGAACUGGAGAUGGUGGAGUCACCCAGUGCUGCAACCUGCUAGCCAUCGUUCUAGGAAAUAAUAACAACCUGAAUAACCUCCUUAACAACAUAUUAAGGGUUAUUAGCAACCUUCUUCAAAACUUGGGGCAAACCCUUUUAGGGAACAACAACAACACAGGUAACCUGCUCGGCAAUUUACUUGGGAACAUCAACAACCUGCUCCAAAACCUACUUGGUAACGGUAACAACCCCAAUAACAAUUCGGGUGGCAAUAACAACAACAACCUGAGUAACCCCCUUAAUGAUAUAUUAAGAGAUGUUGUCAACCUGCUCAAAAGCCUACUUGGGAAUGGCAACAACCCCAAUAACAAUUCGGGUGGCAAUAACAACAACCUGAGUAACCCCCUUAAUGAUAUAUUAAGAGAUGUUGUCAACCUGCUCAAAAGCCUACUUGGGAAUGGCAACAACCCCAAUAACAAUUCGGGUGACAAUAACAACAGCCUGAGUAACCCCCUUAAUGAUAUAUUAAGAGAUGUUGUCAACCUGGUCAAAAGCCUACUUGGGAAUGGCAACAACCCCAAUAACAAUUUGGGUGGCAAUAACAACAACCUGAGUAACCCCCUUAGUGAUUUAUUAAGAUAUGUUGGCAACCUGCUCAAAAGCCUACUUGGGAAUGGCAACAACCCCAAUAACAAUUUGGGUGGCAAUAACAACAACCUGAGUAACCCCCUUAACAAUUUACUUGGGGGCAUUGGCAACCUGCUCCAAAACGUGGUUAACGCCCUUAUAGGGAAUAAAUCAAAUUACAAUAGUUAG